AUGAGUCAUCACACUUUGAUCAAUUGUUUUAAACGUGCAAUUGAACCAAAUUUUUCAAACAGUCUAAAGAAAUCAUCAACACGAUCAAGUAUGACAACAGAACAGCAAAAUUCAAUUGAAAUUGGUGAUGUAACAACUCGUUCACCAAAAAUGAUUGAUAUUACAUCUAAAAUUGUAAAACAAUUCAAUGGAAAUAAUCAUAAACAAAAUAGUAUGAUAACAAUUAGAUCAGCAAAAGCAGAAGUAUUUAUAUGUAUUGAUGAUUAUAUAAAACAAUUUAUCCAUAAUCAAUAUAUGAUUACAGAUACUAAUUCAGAUAAGAUUAUUCAUGAUAAUAAUGAAAAUAAUAUUGAUGAUAAUAAUCAUACAGAUGAGUUAUAUGAACUUUUAACACCAAAAGGUGAUGUAUUUACAGUGGCACGUUUAGCUGGAAUACAAGCUGCUAAACAAACUUCUAAUAUUAUACCAUUAUGUCAUCAAGUGCCCUUAUCACAUAUUUCAGUCGAUAUUGGUUACAGAUUAGGUAAAAUUCAUAUACAAUCACAAGUAAAAGCAGUUGGUCAGUCUACCGGUGUAGAAAUGGAAGCAUUAACAGCUGUUUCUGUUGCUGCAUUAACAGUUUAUGAUAUGCUAAAACCGUUACAAAAAGGACCAAUUAUUAUUGAAAAAAUUGAACUAUUAGAAAAACUUGGUGGGUCGAAAGGUUCCUACUUAAAACUUGGUGCAUCGAAGUAA